UUGGCUUUAACUAAAUUAACAAGAGUAUGAAUCUUUCAGUUAGGAUAAAUUCAAUAGAAUUCAAAUAAAAUUAAUCAAAGAUCCAAAACACACAAAAAGGGCCGGCAUUUCAACGAUACGAAGUUGGUCUAUUGUCGAUGCGAGCACGCACUCGGUUCAGACCAGUCGCCAUUUACGAUUUCAUGCCACGGAGUACAAUAGUUUGCUUGGAAGUGUUUAAAUAGGUUAUAGUGGCAAUAAUUCAAAAAAAAAAAACUGUGCAACGAAAAACGCAAUAAUAUUUGGAGAAACUAUAAGAUUGAUUAUAUACUGUAAGCGCAUGAUAAGUGCGUAUUAUGAAAAAUUAAGACCGAAAUGCUCAGUAACAGACCACGAUAUAAUAUCCUUAUGAAAAUAGUGCCUGAAAUUAUAAUUAAGUAUCAAUAAAUAUAUUUAUCGAGAUAAAAAUAACGAGUGUACGUUAAGUGUUUUUAUUUGAUGAUAGCAAAGUUACAUUGAUUACAAGCAUGAAAAUACCUGAAAAUCCAUACUACGGGAACAAUGAGACCACUCAGUGGCAGCCAAAUGGAGUGAUCAUAGACAGCGGGGUCGGCGGCGGCGUCGUGGGUAGCGGCGACGCGGGAGCCCGACCCGUUUACCCCGUACACAUACCGCGACAUAUACCCGGUGGUUACGUGAUGACGGGCGCGUACUACCCGCCGUACGCGGCGCCGCCUCCAGUACCUGACAAUUUUGAAGACUAUAUGUGGAUGGAGAAUGAGGAGGAGUUCGAUAAACAGGUUAUGCAGCAGUUGGAAGAAGAGGCACUUAUGGAGCAAUGUAUAGAAGCUAUGUUAGAAGACGAACAGAGAGAACGGCAUAGAACUGUCUCCAACGGACACUGUGCAACAACAAGUAGUGGUUCGUGUAACCUGUCCCUGGAGGAGACGAUCUCCAGGUCCACACUGAACCCACUGGCCGCUGAGUUUGUGCCCAGUAGGAUAUCACAGACCAACACACAAACAGAAGAAAAACAAGAAAAUCCAGAAUUAAGACAAGAAGAUAAAACAGAAGAAGAAAAAGUUGAAGAAGUUGAGGCUGUAGUGGAUAAUGUUAUAGAAAAUAAAGAAGAAGCGAAGCAACAGCAACCGGCAGACGCGCAACCAGAUAAUCCACCGGAAGUUACGGAAGAGAAGAAAUCAAAACCGGAAGUGAAGUCGAAAACGAAAAAUGUAUCUAAAUCUGACACAAAGGUCGCUGUCAAGAGAACGGCUAAGAAUGAACGGGCAGAGGAGAACUUAGCUGAUGUAAAGUCAGCAACAGAGGACACCGGUUUCAAACCAAUAAACUACGCGGCGGCGGCGAAAGCCAACAAACCUAAGAAACCAGAGCAGGACAAACCCAAAUCCGACAAACCAGCAGAGAAACCGAAAUCUGAGAAACCAGCGGAGAAACCGAAAUCUGAGAAACCAGUGAAACUAGCCGAUAAGGAUAAGAAACCGCUGAAAGAGAAACCAAAGGUCAAAACAGACAAACCGGUUCAAAGGAAGAACUCUGCUAAAUAAAUAAUAUAUAUAUAUAAUACAUUUAUAUAGUAAAUACUAAAUAAUUUGAAGGGUUAUCAACAUUAUGCCUUUAUAGCGGUCUCAUAUAUAUAAGACAGGCGUACAUAUGUAUUAUAUAUAUAUAUAUAUGUGAAGAUAACUAACACAUGAAAUACUAUGGAUAUAUCUGUGUGUCCGUAUGUUUGAGAUCGCUGGAAAUCAUGUUUAAUUGUGAUAGAUAGUAUGCAUUCUAUUGAAGAAAAAAAAAUUUAAAAAAAAGAUGUAAAAAAACCUAUAAAUAAAAUAAUUAUAACAUAGUUAUUAUAGAGCUAGAUAUACUGGAUGUAAUGUUAUACAAAAGAUUAGAGGGUAGUUGGCAUAGGAAUGUUUAUCUGGCUUGUGAUUGGUCGAUUUUGUGUAUGACGUGACAAUGGACCAAUCACGGCGCGGCGCUAGUUUAAUGAAAAACCAGAUGUGAUCUCGCCUACGAUCGGUUGCUUCAUCUCGCUAUGAAGGACUUAUUUGUUUGGUUUUCGCGAGUUGAUAUGAUAGUUGGAAAUCGCAAGAUACCUCCGAUUGGUUGUUCAAACAAGUGACGUCAUGAUGGACCAAUCAGGUGAGUUCUUUGGACAUUAUACAGUAGAACUUACAUAUAUGACGUCAUAACGGACCAGUCACAGCGCUGUAAGGAUUAAGGAAUUGUACUAGAAAAAUAGGACUUGUGAUUGGUCGAUUUUAUGUAUGACGUGAUUGCUGACCAAUCACGCAGCCGUCGUUUAUGAUGGACUUGCAUUUCGUUUACAGCCUCAAAUAAUGUAUAAUUAAAUAUGAUUCAUAAUAAAAAUUUUAAUUAAUUAAAUCCAAUGAUAUACACAUAAUGAUAAUAAUUAUUAAAAAAUAAGCGUGUUUAUUAUUAUUAUUAUUCAGCUAAUAUGUAGAUAAUUAAUGUAAAUUGAGUGACAAAAUAUUGCACGUAAUUUUGAGGGUAUUUUUGUUUAGUAUAAGAUAAAUUUAGUGUUGCAUCAACGGUGGCAUUGAAAACUACCAAAAAAAAAAAAAAAGAAAUGGUAGAUUUCUGUUGACGUUUGGUAGAUUUUAUUGAAGUUAUUACCUGUAAUUUUAUAAUAAUAGUGAAUUAGUUUUAAAUAGUUACUCAUCACUGCCUUCAUAUAUCGGGAGUUGAAAAAUUUUAUGUAACAAAAAAAAUAUAUAUAUAUGUGCUUGUGGCAGUAUAGACCUAUAGACCUUUUUUUUGAAUAAAUUUCACCCAAAAUUUAUGUUAUGUUUUUCAUCGCACGGUUUUUUAUAUAUAAUAAGUCAAUUAAUAAUUAGAUUAGACGAUUUAAAUUGUAAUAUAUAUAAGACAUUGGCUGAAUGACACUGUACAAAACACGACUGUGUGUCCCUAACGUGUCGCUGGCUGUUUAUAUUUUGGCGGGAAUUUUUUUUUUUCAUUAUGUUGGUAAUAUUUGCUACCGUGCGAUGUUUACCGGUAAAAAGUUUGUGAAGCCUUGUUUAUAGACAAUUUAAUAUAUGUAAAAUACAGGC